AUGUCAGAUCAGAAGAGCUGGUUUGAUAGUACCAUCAACAAGCGCAAGAUCCUUUCACUUAAAGAACCAGUUCUAUCGAAGUGGAAGCUUGUUGAAAAGCUCAAUGAGCACGUUGAGCAACGCCCAGAAGCGAAGUCUCACACCUCCCUCGCCUCCGCAAGAUUCCUUUGCCGUGAUGCAAGUCGCCCUGCGAACGAGGCCACAGCCUACGCAUACCUCCGAAUCGUGAAACAAAUCCCCUCAGAGAGGGCUGAGGAGGCAGACCUCGUGUCUCGGGCUCGCGAGGCCACUCAAUUUACCCCACCCGAGCUCAAGGCUUAUAAAGCUCUGGCCCAGAAGGGAUCAACCAAUACACCGAAGCUAUUGGCGUGGGAGCAAGGCACGCAAGACUCGACUGGACCCAUGCCCGGUGGCCAUAUAACCUGGAUUGUCUUUGAAAAACUGGAGGGGCUCACGCUAGGAGAUGAUGAUGAGGCUAGCUCAUAUUGGGCAUUGCCGUCAGAGACCCGCAAGUCUAUUCGUAGCGUCUUCCUAAGGGAGUUCAAGUCAGUCAAAACCACCUCUAUAUCAAUGGAUGAUAUUGAUACGUCGAUGACAAUUAGCAAAGCUGCGGAGAUCGGAAUCUUGCCAGUUGCCCCCGGCCCUCAUAACGUGAUAUGGAACGCUGAGAAGGAGACAAUCCAUUUCGUGGGAUUUAGAGACCCGGAAUUCUUCCAACGCAAGCGUGAAGCCGGCAAUGAACUAUUCCCUCUGUUUGGGCUAGCUAAAGCACCUCGUGGGGACCGAUGGGCUGAACGGGACUGGGAUGGAGAUACCUCUAAAUGGAAAUUUUAG